UCGGAAUCUACUGUUCAGAGAUACCCACUUGAGAAAAGAAGUAUGUUUUCUCACAUCAAAGGGGAAAUCGAGUUAAGGGUUUAUGUAGUUCAUGAUGGCCCAGGGUCGGCUCCUCCUCCCACUGAAACAGAGCAUCCCAGUAGUGUUCAUGCUCAAGCUGAUCAUCAUCGUGAAGAAACUCGAUUUCAGGAAAUUAAUACUGAUAAGAUCAACGAAGAAGUUAGAUUUGAGGAGAAGAAGAGCAAGAAGAAGGAAAAAAAAGUGAGGACUUUUCACUCUGUAGGAUCCGGAGGCGGUGGCCCUCCUCCUGCUGCGGCUGCUCAGUCUCCAAUGUUUUCUGGGAUUGGAUUUACGAAGGCACCAGCGGUGGAAACCAGAGCCGACUUUGCUCGCGUAGGACCUGUACCGGCUACGGUAAUGCAAAUGCAGAUGCCACCACCGCCGAAUCCUUACGCCUUGAAAGGGGAGAAGAUGAGCAAAGGGGAGAUUAUGCUGGCAGUAUGGAUGGGAACACAAGCAGAUGAAUCAUUUUCGGUGGCAUGGCAUUCAGAUGCACACACCGUUAGUCAAUCCAACCUUUCCAGCACAAGAUCAACAGUCUAUAUCUCUCCGAGGAUGUAUUACCUGCGUAUUCAUGUCUUGGGAGCUCAAGAUCUCGUCCCAUCGGAUAAGGGCAGAUUACCGGAUCCGCAUGUUAAAGUGUCGCUUGGAGGAGCUCAGCCGAGAACCACCAAGCCAUGCCAGAAAACAAUUAACCCGAACUGGGAGGAUGAACUCAUGUUUGUAGCUUCUGAACCUUUCGAAGAUUUCAUAAGGGUGCAAGUUGAGGAUAGGGUUGGAGGCAAGGAUGAGAUUUUAGGGUGGGUGGAAAUUUCUCUCAGGCGAGUGCCGCAGAGGCACGACACAUUUAAGCCUCCGGAUCCCAACUGGUGCAGUUUAAACAAGCCCUCCAGCGCAGCGGAGGAAGGAGAGAAGAAGAAGGAGAAAUUCUCGAGCAAGAUCCUGCUUCGAAUUUUUCUAGAAGCAGGGUACCAUGUUCUUGACGAGUCUACACAUUUCAGCAGCGAUCUCCAGCCAUCAUCAAAACAUCUCAGGAAAGCUCCUGUUGGGCUUCUUGAAAUUGGGAUUUUAGAAGCCAAGAACUUGCAUCCAAUGAAGGGCAAGGACGGCCGGAUGACAGAUUCAUACUGUGUAGCCAAGUACGGAAACAAAUGGGUUCGAACCAGAACUCUUCUUGAUACUCUGCACCCCAGGUGGAAUGAGCAAUAUAGCUGGGAUGUUUACGACCCAUGUACCGUAAUCACCAUUGGGGUGUUCGAUAAUACCCACAUCAACGGAAGCAAGGACGAUGCAAAGGAUCAGAGAAUUGGAAAGGUCAGAAUCCGGUUAUCAGCACUGGAAACCGAUCGUGUUUACACGCAUUUAUAUCCUCUGUUGGUUCUGCAACCUACUGGUUUGAAGAAACAGGGUGAGCUUCAUCUUGCGUUGCGGUUCACCUGCACAGCGUGGGUCAACAUGAUGGCUCAGUAUGGCCGGCCAUUGCUCCCCAAAAUGCACUAUGUUCUGCCAAUUCCGCCCAGGCAAAUUAAGUGGCUGCGCCACCAAGCCAGGAAUAUAGUGGCAGAAAGGCUGGCGAGGGCAGAGCCACCACUGAGGAAGGAGGUGGUGGAGUACAUGUUGGAUGUGGAUGACCACAUGUGGAGUGUCAGGAAAAGCAAAGCUAAUUUCCACCGCAUGAAGUCGCUUCUCACUGGGGUGACCAGAAUUCACAAGUGGUUUAACGAUAUCUGCAACUGGAGAAAUUCGCUGACGACAUGUCUAAUUCAUGUGUUGUUCUUGAUACUUGUUUGCUACCCGGAAUUGAUCUUGCCCACGAUUUUUCUGUACUUGUUCGUGAUUGGAAUAUGGAACUACAGGUUCCGACACAGGAAACCCCCUCACAUCAAUGUUCGGCUUUCAUGCGCAGAUAAUGUGAACCCAGACGAACUGGAUGAGGAAUUAGACUCGUUCCCAACCGUAAGGCAAUCGGAUCUCAUCAGAAAAAGGUAUGAUCGGCUGCGGAUCGUGGGAGGGAAGGUGCAGAUGGUGCUUGGAGAUCUGGCAUCCCAAUUAGAGAGGGCUCAGGCAAUACUAAGCUGGAGGGAUCCAAGAGCAACAGCAAUCUUUAUCAUGUUCUCCUUGAUCCUGGCAGCGGUCAUCUAUGUGACUCCAUUCCAGGUGGUGGCAGUUCUAAUCGGACUCUACUGGCUCCGGCAUCCCCGCUUCAGGGGGAAGCUGCCAUCUGCACCUGUCAACUUCUUCAAGAGAUUACCUUCAAAGACAGAUACGCUACUAUGAUCAGUUUAUAAUUCAUUCAAUCAAGCUUCUCAAUGAAGAUGAUUCAGUAUAUAGCUUAUAAAGCUUCCCUGUUUCUCCAUCAACAGAAUCUCACUUUUGCGUCCAAGCUUCCUUCAGAUUCAUCCUCGGAAUCAAAUACUCUUUUUGGCUGUAAUCCUGUAUUCUGUUGAGAAUUGUAAGUUUAUGCAAGUGUUAAAAUAAAGUACUAUCAUUACUCAGCUCAAGAAUGCAUGUAAUUGUUCUCUCUCGGAUAAAAAUUGUGUCAAAAAUGCUACUAGUAUAAUCAUAUAUGGUAAUAAGAGUUCUGUAAAUGC